AUGGCCUAUCAAAGAGGUGAUCCUAGCUGGUUCAUCCCCCAUGGAUUGGAUUUUCUUGAAGUUGCUGGCCGACAGCCGAUGGCUAGAGUGGUGGCGGUUCAGCCUAGGCGCAAGAAUGAUGACCUCGCCAUUGUUACCAUUCAUUCAAUGCCGGAGGGAGAGGAAGCCUUUCAUGCCAUACGUAAUGUGGUUUCUGAUUUUCUAACAUAUGAGAGAAAGUUAGUGUUCACGGAUAUUCAACCGACUCACUUGGGCAAAGCACACGUCAGAUUCAAGAAUGCUUUUGACAGAGAUCGGUUGAUUCAGUUGGGGGCGAUUUCUUUCGGUAAUGUGGAUGACCCGACUCACCUAUCCAAGCUGUUAGUCAGAGCCCAUGUCAGCGAGCUUGAGGCUGUCCCCCAUUUUCUGGUCAUUACAGAAGGGCAAGAGAUGCAGGGCCAAUCUUGGACCGUGCAAUGUGAGAUUCUCCCGGGGAAUUUACUAGGAGGAUUACCUGCUGAUGAAGACCCAGCCCCAGCCCCGCCGCCGCCCCGCGCCCCGGUGCACGACUACGCCGGCAAACGGUUCGCGGCCGACAGCAACGCCUUCGUCCUCCACGGCGGCAGCGAGGGCGUCUACGCCUCCGCUAAGGCCGCCGCGUUCAUCCGAUUCGAGAAGGUUGCGUUCAGAAGGACGCCCGAGUCGGCCGCUGCGGCCGAGGAGGACGGCAACCGCACGGCCACGGUCACGGCGGUCAUCUUCGAGGCCGGCGACCGCGACGCCGUCGGGGGCGCGUACGUCUCCGUCUCCGGCGGUCGCGCGCUCUGCUGCACGCCGGACAUGGCGAGGCUCGGGGCGUGCACCGAGGGGACGGCGACGUACCGCGCGCGGAACGGCACCGGCUGGCCCAGGGUGUUCGCGGCCUCCUUCCUCCUGGGCAGCCUCGAGGCGGAGUUCCCGGACGAGACCGUCGCCAUGGCGCGCACCGGCAUGUACACCCUCCUGUUCGUCCACUGCGACGCCUCGCUCGCCGGUGGGCAGGUGGCCGAGCGGGGCAAGACCAUCUGGAAGAACAGCCGCGGAUACCUCCCGGGGCGGAUGGCGCCCCUGCUGCCCUUCUACGGCGCCACGUCGCUGGCGUUCGCGGCGCUGGCGGCGUACUGGUUCGCGCAGUGCGCGCGGUUCUGGCGGGAGGUGGUGCCGCUCCAGAGCUGCGCCACGCUGGUGAUCGCGCUGGGGAUGCUGGAGGCCGCCACCUGGUACUUCGACCUCGCCGAGUUCAACGAGUCCGGCGUCCGCCCCCGCGGUGCCACGUUCUGGGAGGCCACGUCCGGCGCGCUCCGCGGCGCGGCGGCGCGCAUGCUGGUGCUGGCCGUGGCAAUGGGCCACGACGUGGUGCGGCCCGCGCUGGCGGGGCUCAAGAGCGCCAGGGUGGCUGGCCUCGGCGCCGCGUUCUUCGCCGCCGCGGAGGCGCUCAAGGUCAGCGAGAACGUCGGCACCGUGAGCGACCACUCGCCGUCGCCCACGAGGAGGCUGUUUCUCGUGCUCCCUGUGGCGGCCCUCAACGCGGUGUUCGUGUCCUGGAUAUUCAGCUCGCUGUCGAAAACGCUGAACAAGCUCAAGGCAAAACGAAUGACGGCGAAGCUGGAGAUGUACCGGAGGUUGAACAACGCUUUGAUCAUCGCGGUGGCCGUGUCACUCGGCUGGAUCACAUUUGAGAUCCACUUCAAGUCGACGGACGAGUACAACGAGCGGUGGCGCGCGGCGUGGGUGAUCCCGGCAGUGUGGCAGCUCAUCUCCUUCUCGCUGCUAGCUCGACGAGCUAGGUACGCCUACCUGGAAGACGAGGAGGAGGGCGAGGACGAGGACCGUGACGUGGAGGACACGCGGCCGCUGAUCCGGCCCGGCCCGCUGUCGUACGUGGACAACUGGGCCAUCUCCGUGUCCAAGGACGCCACCACCAUCAUUCUGAGAACCGACUCCGGCGUGUACGAGAAAGCCGCCGGCGAUGGAGGCAAGCGGGUGUAG